CAGUGCUUUUUUCCUGUUCUAUCACCUCAUUCCUGGUGUCCUCCUCUAGCUGUUGUUUUCACCGCUCUGCAGUCAGCCAGGCUACUAGCAGCCGCACAGUGCAAGGUGAUCUAACAGGAGCUUUAAUCAUGUAGGGCAGGACUGUCGUCUUUAAGAACAGCAUUUUCCCCUCUUUUUCUCAUGUGCAUUCUUUCUAGUGUCGAGCAGCUUCAAAAGGAUGAAUAAUGACCGCCUGUGUGAGCUGCCCAGGAUUAUUAUUCCGCCGUCUGUUGCACAGGACUCAGAUCACUGCCUGGCUGAGCAGGGAAGCUGAAGACAUGGGCUGUAUACAGCAGUGCAGCAAUACACAGGCAUAGAGAUCUUACAAACAUCCAUCCUGCUGGGGAUCACCAUAGGGAUCUACAUCAUCAGUUACCAGGCCCUGUGAGCAAGGAGACACCCUGACCUCCUAUCACCAGGAUCUCCUAUGUCAAAGACUGAAAAAAUGAGUCCACCCACACGCAUGGACCGUUAAAUAGGCAAGCCCCAUGUGCAACAUCUCACAGUAAAACUAGCAGCAGCAGCAGGCUGAGCAGCAAGCAGGAGCUGAACUGAUGGAAGAACCAAAGGUUGCAAAACAGAAGAAGACAUGGCACAGAAAUGUCCUUUUUAUUCUAGGAGUACUAUUUUCCUUGGGAAUUAUCGCUUUAGUCACAACAGCAGUCAUUCAAAAUAAACCUCUUCCACAGAAUAUUAAGUAUGGCAUUGUACUGGACGCAGGUUCCUCUCAUACGAACCUAUAUAUAUAUGAUUGGCCAGCAGAAAAAGAAAAUGACACAGGAGUCGUGAAACAACUGGAAGUGUGUAAAGUUGAAGGACCUGGUAUAUCGAGUUAUUCCCAAGAGCCAGCAAAGGCCGGAGUUUCUCUUCAGACUUGCUUGAAGAAAGCCAGUAAUAUGAUUCCAGAAAACCGCCAUAGUGAGACACCGGUGUAUUUAGGAGCAACAGCCGGGAUGCGGUUACUCAGGUUAUAUAACUCCAACUUGGCUGAUGAUGUCCUGGCAGCUGUUGCGGAUACAUUGCGGGCGUCUCCCUUUGAUUUUCAGGGUGCCAGAAUAAUCACAGGGCAAGAGGAAGGAGCGUACGGCUGGACCACUAUCAAUUAUUUGCUAGGCAACUUCAUACAAGGAUCAAGUUGGUUAGAUGUUUUGCCGGUUUCUAAAAGAACAGGCACAUCUGGCGCUUUGGAUCUUGGAGGGGCUUCAACUCAGAUCACAUUUGAAUCAAACGAAAAAAUCGAAUCUCAAGAUAACUCAUUGCACUUCCGCCUAUACGGCAAGUCAUAUAAUGUGUAUACUCACAGCUUCCUGUGUUACGGGAAGGACCAAGCUCUUCGACUUCAAAUAGCGAACCGUAUUCAGAAUGAUGGAAGCCCCACCAUUCGUGAUCCCUGUUUUAACUCAGGAUAUAGACGAAGUCUGAAUACAAAUGACCUCUACAGUAGCCCUUGUGUAUCUACAAAGAAGUUACCAACAGCACUAUCGGACAUUAGAAUUGAGGGGAGUGGAAAUUAUGAAGAAUGUAAACAGAGUAUCCAGCAAAUCUUCAACAAAACCCACUGUACAUAUUCACAAUGCUCUUUUGAUGGGAUUUAUCAACCGGUACUGAAAGGGGAAUUUGGGGCAUUUUCUGCUUUCUAUUUUGUAAUGGACUAUUUAAAACUGACCCAAGAGAAAGUCAGUCUUGAAGAAGUAAAAAAUACAGUGGCCAAGCACUGUUCUAAGCCGUGGGAUGAGAUAAAAAAUUCAUCUAAAAAAACCAAGGAGAAGUACCUAAGUGAAUAUUGUUUUUCGGGGAUCUACAUCUUAACUCUUCUUGAACUUGGAUAUGGUUUUACCUCAGAAAACUGGAAUACAAUCAGUUUCUUAGGAAAGGUCAGCGGCAGUGAUGCUGGAUGGACUCUUGGGUUUAUGCUAAACCUCACAAAUUUGAUCCCAGCAGAGUUGCCCCCUUCUCCUCCAUUGUCUCAAAGUACAUAUAUUGGAAUCAUGGUGUUCCUGUCUCUUUUAUUAUUCUUCAUCCUUUUGACUUGCUGGGUGUGUUUCCGAAAACCAAGAUGUCUACAGAAAGGCGUCAUUUAGAAAUGCAAUAGGUAACGAAAGUUCACUUAGGAUGGAUAGGAGAGUUAUACGGUGACUCUCGCACCGCAAAUUACAUCUCCACCAUGGAGAACUUGUAAAACUUUGUAUGAAGGUUCUUGAACUUAACAAGGAAACAAGCAAUCCUAGGAAUUUUGAAGACAAUUUGCUAUACAUGGAACUGAACGUAUGUUCUAGAACGGGUCCUUUUAUCAACCAGAUUUGUGAAAAGUUUUAACAAUGUCGUCUUUAGAUGAAUAUUAUUGAAGAUGUGAACAGGUGAUUUAAAAACAAUGAACGUACCAAUGGGACUUUAAAAACUGAUCUCAGGUUAUAUCAUACAGUUAAUGCUAUUAUUGUAUUUUUAUAAAUCAUAAUCAUUUAUAAUAGGUUUCGAUUUUUUUUUGUCAUUGUCAAAAAAGCCAUACUACAUUGGUGUACACGGUAUCUGAUCAUGUUAAAAAAAAAUAGACUCCCGCUUUCACUGUGGUGCAUGUACUUGAACCGACCAGACACUGUGUCCUUGCUUUAUGUAAUGUAUGAUAAAUCUCCUUUAUUUUUGGUUACAGGACUUGUUCAUCUGUUGAAUGAAAUGAGGUUGACCUCUAGUUGUUGCCUUUUAUUCAACAUACAAAAAUCAUUUGCAUUAUAAUUCUUAAAGGGACAUGAAACACAAGUUUUUUUUCUUUCAUGAUUCAGAUAGAGCAUGUGAUUUUAAACAACUUUUCAAUUUACUUCUAUUAUAUAAUUGUGUUUUUUUAAUUAUAUCGAUGGAAUUUUAAAUUAUACUAAAUAUAAUUCUAAUUUACUACUACAUCUAAUUCUAUGGUAAAAACCACUACACCAAUACAAGUAAAUUGUUAAAUACUAACAGGUCCGUCCAUAAUUUUUGCAAAGAGUUGUAAAAGGAACCAAUACAUAUGUUACAAUAAGUUAAAUAUAUUUACAUAUAUAUAUAUAUAUAUAUAUAUAUAUAUAUAUAUAUAUAUAUAUAUAUAUAUAUAUAUAUAUAUAUAUAUAUAUUCUACAGCAAAACAGUGCAAAUAAUGACUACAGGACAACUCUACCACAAUCCCAAUUUGUGCAACACUACUAAAAUAAUCACAGAAUUUUAUCCCAGGAAUACUUAGCCAAAUUCUUUAAUGUGUGCUUUCUUGCAUUGUCCAAUAUCAGCCAUUUUCAUCAGGAGAUGGAAGAGAGAAACUAGGUGUUCCAGUUUUUAUGCCCCAAUUCAAUAGGGAGUGGCUUAUCAUAUGCCAGUCAAAGGCUAUAUGGGAGUAUCUUUGCCAAGAGACAAAGGUGUAUCUGGGGGAGGGGUUUUAAUAACAGCUAGGUGAAUAUUCCAGUGAUAAAAUGUCACCACAAUAAUUUGUUUUGUUCUCCUGGUAUCUUUUGUUUAAAAAAAAAUCUACUUAGGUAGGCUCGGGAGCUGCUGAUUGGUGGCUGCAUAUAUAUGCCUCAUGCCAUUGGCUCACCUAAUGCAUUCAGCUAGCUCCCUGUAGUUAGCUAAUAGAUGUACAAUUGAAAGUUCUUUAAAACUGUAUUUUUUGUCUGACUCAUGAAAGAAAACAUUCUCUAUAGUAUCUCACAGUGUGCUAUACUGGAAAUAUUUUGGCCUGGGGCAUAUCAGCUGCAAUUAACCUUUUAUGGAGUUUUGUCUGCAAUGAUUCAGACUUCAUUGAUUCUUUCUUUAGAGCAGUAUGAGAUUUUACAAGGCUGGAGACCAGUCUUUCUGAAUGCCCCAUGUAGCAUUUCAUCAGCCGUGGAAGGAACAUUUAGAAUAUUUGUUUGUAAGACAACAAACUUUAAGCAUUUUAUAGAGAAUUAAAAAUUAUUGCUCAACUUCAUGUGUUCAAAGUUUUUGGAAUGUUUCAGAAUAGCAAAAUGAAAGCGCUAAAUUAGUGGCAACUUAGUAAAUCCUUACAGCAUCUCAUGGGGUGCCAACCUGCAUGCUAGGGUGACUUAUUAUAGAUAUUUUAGUGUUUGCCAUACAUGCGCACAUGCACCGCACACUCACACUGGAAGCCUAUUUCAUAUGUUGUAAAUCAAGGAGUUUGAGGGAAAUAAAAAGGACAUAAAAGUGAGUUUAUUUUUAUAUAUGCAUAAUAUAUAUAUAGAAGACAUUAUGCUCUGGAUACAAAAUAAAUGUUUUAAAAUAGUUUAAA